AUGUCGAAACUCACUACACAUGAAAAUCUACCAGAGCGUUGUUGCGAAGGUGGCCUUCAUCCUGUCGAAGAAGGUCUACAUGUCAUGGAACACGAGGGUGAGGGGAAGGAAGCCUGGGUGCACCAACGCGUGGUCAUGAACAAUCCCACAACGGAGAAACAUCAGUCGCAAUAUAUCGGAGGCUUGAAGAGAAGGCUUUUCUGGUUCAUACUUGUCCUCGCAAGCCUCGUCGUGAUCGGCGCGUCUGUAGGUGGAGCUGUAGGGGGCUCGCUAGCAGCGAAAGAGAGCAGCGACGGUAUCUUGCAGUCGUCAUCUGUUCAGAGCUCGCUUCCGUCCUGCACAGGAGCUUCGAGUGAUGCAACAUCCUCCCAACCCACUGGCUCACCCUCCUCUUUUGUAACCACCGACUGCCCAUCCAGCAACAACACAUCUUUCACGCCCAGAACACCCGGUGGCAACCCAGGACAAUACAACUUCACCAAGCAUUGCGGAUUUGACACUGAUGGGCGAGACCUCAUCGAAGCUUUCGUCCUAGACCUGGAUACUUGCCUCGCGCUUUGUUCGAACUAG